CAAUGGCUUCCGCAUUGUCUUCUAGACUUCUGCCUCUUGGGCUUUGUUUUAUUGUACUCUUUAAUGGUUGUUUUGCUCAGUUAGAGCGAUCGCAGCAACAGAAACAGUCACGUCUUCGUGGACGAUCCGACUGCCAGAUCGACAGAAUCAGCGCCAGAGAACCCAACCGUGUUCUGCAAUCGGAAGCCGGAGUAUCUGAGUUCUGGGUCUCCGACGAGAACGAUGAACUCGACUGCGCCGGUGUGGAAGUAGCUCGUCAUACUAUUAAUACUAAAGGACUUUUCUUGCCAUUCUACGCAAAUGCACCUGAGCUCGUCUAUGUCGUCCGAGGAAGUGGUAUUCAGGGAAGCGCCUUUCCCGGAUGCCCUGAAACGUUUGAAUCAUCAUCGGAGGGUGCUGGAAGAGGAAAAGAACAGUUUCUUGACAGGCACCAGAAGGUUUUCCGAUACAAAGAAGGUGAUAUACUAGCUUUGCCGGCUGGUGCAGUUCAUUGGACGUACAAUGACGGUGACACACAAAUAGUUCUGAUUGUACUUCGUGAUACGAGCAAUGUGGCCAACCAACUCGAUCGAAACUUCAGGAAAUUUUUCCUGGCGGGGAACCCACAAAGCCAACAAGUAGGGUAUGGCCAACCGGAACGCGAGCAUGCCGGCGGCUCCGGUGGAUGGGGGAAACAGAAACUUCAUGAACAAGAAAGCUCCAAUAUCUUCAACGGCUUUGACGACCAGAUCCUCCAGGAGGUCUUUAAGGUCGAAUUCAACAUCGUGAACCAACUAAAAGGGCAAAAAGACAACCGUGGAUUCAUCGUUAGAGCCGAUAACUUCGAUGUCUUGAUCCCAGAAAAACAAGAAUACCAACGAUCAUCACCACGCAACGGCAUAGAGGAAAACAUAUGCUCGACCGAGUUGAGGGCCAACAUCGCCGACCCAGAUCGUGCCGACGUGUACAACCCACGUGGCGGACGCCUCAGCAGUCUCAACGGUCACAAGCUCCCCAUCCUCAACUGGCUCCAACUUAGUGCCGAAAAAGGAGUCCUUUAUAAGAAUGCGGUGCUGGCACCAAACUAUAAUUUGAACUCCCACAGCAUAAUCUACGUCACAAGUGGAAACAGUCGUUUGCAAAUCGUGAGAAACGACGGCACCGCCGUGUUCGAUGGCUUUGUGCAACAAGGUCAGCUGAUCGUAGUGCCACAGAACUUUGCGGUGGUGAAGAAGGCAGGUGAGCAAGGGUGCGAGUGGGUGGCAUUCAAGACAAACGACAACGCCAUAACCACACAGCUUGCGGGUCGGUUUUCUUUCUUGCGGGCAUUGCCGGAGGAAGUGGUCGCCAACUCAUAUGAGAUCUCAAGAGAGCAGGCGAAGGAGCUCAAGUAUAACAGGCAAGAAGGUGUGGUUUUGAGCCCAACUUCCGGAUCAACCAGACAGAAGGGAAUGAAUGCUCUUCUAAAUGUUCUUUUUAGUUAGAAAAGGUCUCAUGUAGGGAAUGAUAAUAAAAGAGGGUCUUCUGAGUGGAUAAAUGCAUGCAGGGACAAUCCAUGUAAAAAUAUGCGACCUUGAAAAUAAAAGUUGAAUUUCAUUUUUAUGGGAAAGAAAUGAAUC